GACAGCAGAAACGACACGGUCGGUGAAAGAGGGUCUGGCUACAGUACCAGGACCGGGGCUGUGCUCGACUUUUUAUUACUGCGCAAAGAAUUUUCACGGAAGGGAUCGUUAUUCCAAGACCCAGAAUUUCCUUGCGAAAAUUCUUCCAUCUUUGGGAACUCGGAAGCGGAGUACAGCGUCAAGUGGCUACGGCCCAAGGACAUAUGCAACAGAGCAGCCAUGGGACCACCUAAACUUCUCGGGAAGGAAGUCUCGAGGGUCGACGUCGUACAAGGGCAUAUUGGAGAUUGUUGGAUGGCUUCUUCGUUUGCCAGCCUUACCCUCAAAAAAGAGCUCUUUGAUCUCGUGGUGCCAAAGGACCAGUCAUUCGAAACGGACUAUGCUGGGAUUUUCCACUUUCGCAUUUGGAAAGACAACCGCUGGCUAGAUGUCGUCGUUGAUGACUUUCUUCCAACCUCUGAAGAAGGUGCGCUCAUCUAUAUGCGGUCAGCGGUAGGCAAUAUCUUCUGGAGCGCCUUGCUGGAGAAGGCCUACGCAAAGAUUCAUGGGUCCUACAAAGCUUUGAACGAUGGAACGGGUGCCGAGGCUAUGCUGGACCUCACGGGAGGCCUAACCCUGCGUAUGAACCUUGCAAAACAACAAGAUGGCAUCUUUGAUCUGAUGCUGGAGGCGCAGCAGCAUUCGUCCCUCAUGACAGCUCAGAUUUCGGCAGGUAGAAAUCCAGGGCCCGGUCUUGUUGCUGGACACGCAUACAGCAUCACAUCAGUGCGCCAAGUGUACUUGAACAAGAGGAACAUGGUGCUGCCCAUGGUGCGGCUGCGCAAUCCUUACGGACCCGGGGACAACACGGAGUGGAAAGGAGCUUGGAGUGACAAUAGCAUGGCUGAGUGGGGCCUUGUUUCUGAAGAAGAACGAAAAGCCAUGGGACUGGUGUUCGACAGAGACGGCGAAUUCUGGAUGUGGCUAGGGCACUUUCUAGAAAACUUCCAAGUUCUUCACGUUUGCUACGUUGACCCUGUGGCUUUCUACACGAAGGCGCGCCAGAUAGCACCCGGACCAUGUUGGCAAGUGAUUGCGUUCGAAGGGGCGUGGAUAUCCGGAGUUACAUCGGGAGGAAGAUUCUUCGGGGAAGGUGACCUCUAUGAGUUCUGGAGGAACCCCCAGUACUUCGUUGAACUGAAACAAGCAGACAGUGUGGACGGAAAGUGCACACUCAUCGUGUCGUUGUUGCAAAGACAUCGGCGAGGAGAGGUUGAAAAGGAGAGGAUGUUCUUGUUCACUGGGUUCGUCAUAUAUAAGGUUGAGAACCCGGAGUCAUGUGCAAAGCCUCUGGACAGGAAGUUCUUAGAGGCGAACCGGGAGCACAUGACCACUGCUCAGGUAUCUGAUGGUUUCCUGAACACCCGAGAGGUAACCAAGCGCACAAGACUGUACCCGGGUACCUAUUGCGUUAUCCCGUUCUCUGCUAACACGUCGGACGAAGGCCGAUUUCUGCUGAGGAUCAUCACCUCCAAGCAUAACGUUGCAUACUUGCACGACAAUACCGAAGGCUUGCUGACAUCAUCAAAUUAUGGUACUGUGGCGCUGGACGACCCAGAAUGGAAACACGCAAGAGAAAUGUUUGCCGCAACAGCAGGCAAGGAUGCUGCUAUCGGCGCUUUCCAAAUGAGGGAUAUGCUUACGUCACUUCUCCAGAAGGAAGACAAUCCUGAGGAACUAUCGCUGGACGCCUGUCGCAGCCUGCUGGCGCUGCAUGACCAUGAUAACAUCGGAAGAAUUGACAUCAUCCAAUUCAAGGCACUAUGGGCCAAUAUACAUGCGUGGAAAAAGUCCUUCCUGAAGCAUUGCAAAAAGAAUGAUGGCCUGAAUAGGGGUGACCUCCGGAACGCAUUGCAAUCAGUCGGGUGCUCCCUCAACUCUGCUGUGUUGAAUGCAGUCGCUACCCGCUAUGCCAACCAGGGUGGAAACCUAAGCUUCCAGGACUUCAUUCACUCGGUCGCCAGACUGCAUACCAUGACGGAGGUUUUCGAGAUGAAAAGAACUGGUGACGCCCUUACUCUUACACUAAACGAGUGGCUGGAAAACACCAUCUUCUGUUAAGCACUCAUGCCUUAUUUUUCUUUACACACAUAUUGUAUCUGCUUCCUUUAAUUUUUGUAAAAAAAUAUCACUCAUAUCUCGGUGUUCUACUGAGUAGCUGUAGCUGGUCCAAGGAACAACGAAAUUAAAUUAUUCACGAAUAUGACA